AUGAAGCAGCAGCUUUGGGCAAGCUAUGUGCAAGGCUGUAAUGGUCUUUUCGGGCAGCAAGCACAGGGGCAGCCCAACAUUGUCUACUUUCAGAACAAGGGUGCAGGCCAGCCGAACGAUCCUUCUGCAGCACAGCUGCAGCUGCAGCUGCCGUCGGGCAGCAAUGGUCUUCCCAACACGAUUGCUGCCAAUGGCCAAGCAAGCACGGCGAGUGCAGGGCAAGGCAGCACUGUGGAGCCGAGCACGGUCAAUGCUCAGCAGCAGCAGCAGGAGCAGCAGCAGCAGCAGCAGCAGCAGACGAACCAGGCGAAGCUUGUUGACUCCGAUGCAAACAGCAACAUGGUGAAUGCUCAGCUGCAAUCCAUCGAGGCCCUGUCGGGCACACAAGAUGGCAACCAUGAGCAGAAGACCCUCGAGGAUAUCGAGAAGGAGCAUAUGGAGAGAUUGGAGAAAAAAACGCAGAGCAAGAAACCUGCAAAGGCUGGGAAGACCAAGCAGAACCACGACAAGCAGGCACCGAAGCAGAAGCUCAAGCUCGGGUGUUUGAGAUGCCGUGGCUGCCACAAGGGUUGCAGUCAGUGCCGGGAUGCAUCGUUCCGUGGGUUGAGGUUGAAUCGCCAAGAAUGGCUUUCCUACGCAAAGAAGCAUGGACUGAAGGUUCACUGA